AUGUCUAACUAUUCAUCUUCUUCUAGUUCAAUUACCUCCACUGAAAUAAUUCCAAAUACACAAUUGAUAUUAGUAAAAUGUAGAUUAAAUAUGUCUUUUCAAGAAGACACCUGCAUUGCAUUGGUUAAUUAUGAUUCCGAUACUACUUUAUCAGAGUCAGGUAAAAAAUCACCUCAUGAAAUAUGCCAUCUUGCAGAAACAUUCAGAGAAAUCAAUAAAAAACAAAAUCAACUUGAAGAAUUAUUUGAAAAGCAUAAUGAAUAUAUAAUUGCCCUGCAAAAAAAACUUGUUGAACAUGAAAAAGAAAGAGAUAAUGCAAAUAGAGAUUAA